AAUGAUGAAAACCAAACCUUUUAUCUUUGUGUUGUUUCUUUAUGCAUUAAUUUUUCUUUCUGUUGUGGCAAUUGAGUCAUCCAAAGAUGAGAAACAAACUAAUGCUUUUGAUAUGUCAAAAACAAAACUUGCGUUAAAUAAGGAUGUGGUCUCGGGAGGUGGACACGAUGGAGACAAAGGAAAAGGACAUGAAGACGGAGAAUGGGGAUUUUGGAUAAAUGACGGAGGUGGUUGGGGAGCUUGGUUAGAACACGCGGGUUGGAAAGGUUGGAUAAAAAAUGAAGGAGUCUCAGGAGGAGGAGGAGGAGGAGGAGGAGGAAGAGGAGAAAAAAGUAGACUUCAAGGACAACAUGGAAAAGAAAAUGAAGUAAGUUCAAGAGAAGGAGAAAAUAUUGAACUUGAGGAACAAGGCGGAAGAGAAAAUGAAGAAAACUGGAGAAGAGGAGAAAAUAGAAGAAUUAGAGGAGAAUAUUUAGAAAACCAAGGACCUGUUUGGAGAAGAGAAACAAACAAAGGAUUUGGAGGUAGAAAUGGUGGAGGUCGCGGACAAGUAGGGCUUUGGAACAUUCAUAAAAACUAA